AUGGCGCCCAUCACGUUAAGCACAGUCGAUAAGGUCAUUCAGCAUCUUUAUGAGAUCCAGUCCGCUGUCCAUGGCUACCUUGGUCCUGAGACCCAGACGGAGCUGGUGCGGAAGUUACAAAACCUCACUCUCGCAUUAUCGACGCUGUCCACGCACACCCGUCCCGAUCCGACCUACAACCAGUCUCUGCCCCCCGACCGCGACUCGUAUUCUCGCGACGACCCUCCGCUCGCCAGCAUCCAGCUCCCGCCCGAGAUCAUCGACUACGUCGACGCGGCGCGCAACCCGGACAUCUAUACGCGCGAGUUCGUGGAACUGGUGCAGCGCGGCAACCAGGAUCUCAAGGGCAAGAAGGAGGCGUUUGCGGGGUUCCGGGACGUGCUGGCGCGGGAGAUGAGGAGCGCGAUGCCCGAGUGUCGUCGCGAGGUGGAUCGCGCGGUCGCGGCGACGGGCGGGAUAGUCACGCCGCCUGAGGCGGAGGAGGAGGAGGGAAAGUCAUGA